AGAGGAGAAGAAGAAAGGGGAGGAAAAGACAACGAAAAAAACGCAAAAGGGGAAGAAGAAAGAGAAAGAAAAUAAAGAGGAGGAGAAGGGGAAGAAGAACGAGGCGAAUAAAGAGGUAAAGAAGAACGAGGAGAAUAAAGAGGUAAAGAAGAAAAAACGGAAGGGUAAAAAGAAAGCAGGGGAGGAGCACAAAGCAGGGGAGCAGUCCACAACAGAGGUGCAGGUGAAAGCCCCCAUCGCGGCCCCGGAGCCAGAGCUCAGAGCAGAGGGGGAGGCUGAACAGGAGAGGCAGGAGGAGCUGGUAGAGGCCCAGGACUAUCACUCCAUCAGCAGCGCAGAGACACAGCCAGCACAGGCGGAGAAGAAGGCGAACGCCGAGGUAGAGAAGGAGGCGGUAGAGGAGGAAGAGAAGGAGGCGGGAGUAGAGGAGAAAGAGAAGAAAGAAGAAACAGAGGAAGAGCCGGCCGAGCAGAUGGAGGAGGGAGAGGCGAAUGGAGGGGAGGGGGAGAACACUAAUGGAGAAGAGGAGAAGACGGCUUUAGCAGAGGAGGCCAAACCCUCCAAGCGCCCGCGGAUCAUGCAGUGUAAAGUCACCCUCCUGGACGACACUCUGUUUGAGUGUGAGCUCGGUAAACAUGCGACGGGCUCGGAUCUGUUUGUGAAGGUGUGUGACCACCUCAACCUGCUGGAGAGAGACUACUGUGGCCUGGCCGUCUGGGAUACCCCCACCUCCAGGACAUGGCUGGACGCCUCCAAAGAGAUCCGGAAACAGGUGGCAGAUUAUACAUACGAGUUCACUUUCAACGUGAAGUUCUACCCUCCUGAUCCAGCUCAGCUCACAGAAGACCUCACCAGGUACUACCUGUGUCUACAGCUGCGUAAAGACAUCCUGAGUGGCCUGCUGCCAUGCUCCUUUGUAACUCUGGCCAUGCUAGGCUCCUACACGGCCCAGUCUGAGCUGGGGGAGUAUGAUCCAGAGGUCCACGGCUCUCACUACACCAAGGAGCUGAGGCUGGCCCCGGGACAGGGCAAAGAGCUGGAGGACAAGGUCAUGGAGUUGCACCGCACAUACAGGUCCAUGAGUCCAGCCCAGGCAGACAUGUUGUUUCUGGAGAAUGCCAAGAAGCUGUCCAUGUAUGGAGUGGAUCUGCACCAAGCCAAGGAUCUUGAGGGUGUGGACAUCACACUAGGGGUGUGUUCUGGUGGUCUCAUGGUAUACAAGGACAAGCUGAGAAUCAAUCGUUUCCCCUGGCCCAAAGUCCUCAAGAUCUCCUACAAGCGAAGCAGCUUCUUCAUCAAGAUCCGUCCCUCUGAACAAGAACAGUACGAGAGCACAAUCGGCUUCAAGCUGCCCAACUACAAGGCCUCCAAGAAGCUGUGGAAGGCCUCAGUGGAACACCAUACCUUCUUCAGGGUGUCGUCCGUGGAGCCCCCGUCGUCCCGCUCCCGGUUCCUGGCGCUGGGGUCAAAGUUCAGGUACAGCGGCCGAACCCAGGCCCAGACCCGCCAGGCCAGUUCCAUGAUCGCCCGGCCCGCCCCACGCUUCACACGGUCCGCCAGCAAGAGGCUGUCCCGCACCAUCGAUGAAGCUGGAGAUGAUGAUCUCCAAGCCUCGCAGCUCUCUGCUAGUCCAAACAAGACUGAGGAUGACGAUUGGUUCUUCAUGCUGGGAUCUGACCAACCCCAGACCUUUUUUUCACCAGCCAGAGGGGGGGAGACUUUCUCUGUGGAGACUUCCACUCAGAGCUGGGAUGAUGGCAAGUCCGUCCAGACAGUCAGACAGGCAUGGCAGGAGACUGAGACAGGCCAGACGGUCAGUCGGACUGUCAGUCAGACAUGGCAGGGACGGGUGUCUGAUGAACAGCAGCAGGGGAGACUGGAGGAGGAGAAAGAGAAGGAUUGGUUUAUCCUGCUGGGAAGACAACCCUCCCUUCUUUAUGUCCCCUACCCCACGAUGAAACCGCCAGUUAAAUACCGCUCUGCCAAGGUGGCAAAGGUGGCCACGGCCAACAUUAUGGAGAGGCUGCUACAGCCAAGGCAGGAACAAAGUGAUGACUGGGUCAUGCAGUUCGACCGCAGCUUUGAGUUUGCAGACACACCUCCAUUCUCUCCCCCAGUCUCCCUGGAGAAGGAGGAGACUAGGCAGGAGAGGAGGGAGGUGAUCAAGAGGCUCCAGGGAGGAGUGUUCCUGGUGGAGAAGCUGAGGGAGGUAGAGGUGUUGGAGGAGAGACUGAGGGAGGUGAAGGUUCUGGAAGAACGGCUGCAGGAGGUGGAGGAGCUGGAGGAGAGGAUACAGGAGGAGGUAGAGGCCAGGCAGCAGCAGGAGGAGGAGGGAGGGGUAGAACAGGAGGAGGGGGCGGUAGAGGAGGAUGUGGAAGAAGUAGAUGAGUUGGAGGAGCAGAUAAAGGAGGUGUUUCUCAAAGGAUUGCUGCCAGAUGAGUCAGGGGAAGAUGAGGGACUAAAAGAGGAGAGUAUGGAAGAGGCAGAGGAAUCUGAAGAAGGGUGGUCAAAUGUGCCGAGCACCUCCACUGUGGUACGGAGCGUAGAGUGGAGGACCCAGAAUAGGGUGACUAUAGUGAAAGAGAUGAGGCAACAAGAAGGAGAGAUGGAGGAGGAGACGGUGGAACAGGUUGAGGUUUCAGACGAGGGAUUGAAAGAGGAUGAAGGAUGGUUAGAGGAGAGGAAGCGUCAGGCUUUGGAGGAAGGGUUGCCAGAGGGGCUUGAGGAAAGGAGAGGAGAGAUAAGAGUGGAAAGGAGGAGGAAGAAGAAGGUGACUAUAGUGACACAGGAUGAGAGUCUUCCAGAUGAACUAGAGAAGAAAGCAUCUGAGAAGUUGUCAGAGGACCAGAUAGGAGGCCAUUUUUAUAAAGAGGGACAACUUAUGGUGAAAUUCAAUGAACUAUUUGCGGCAGAGAAGUUAGGGUUACCGAUAGUUACAAUUCAACAGAAGAUCGCGUACAAGGAAUGGCUCCAAGAACAGGAGAUGGUCAGGGAGGAGAAACAGGAGGAGAGAGUGGAACAGGUGAAGGUUUCAGGCGAGGGAUUGAUAGAGGUGAAAGGAGGUCUAGAGGAUAGGAUGCAGCAGAUGUCAGAGGAAAGGUUGCCAGAGGCAGAGCAGACUGUGAAGAAAACCAAGAAAACGGUGAGAAUAGUGGAAGAAAUGAGGAGAACACAAAAGACACUCGAGGAAAAGUCAUCAGAGGACAUUUUAUCAGAGGAAAGGCUGGGAGAUGGUUUUUAUACAGAGGGGGAAGUUUUGGUGAAAUUCAGAAAGGAUGUGGAGAGGGUUCCACAUAGAGUCAGACAAAUGGAGAAGCCCCAAGAAGAAGAAGAAGAAGAAGAGGUAGUGGAAGUGAAUAUGCAGCCAUCCCAGCCAGAAGACAAGGACGAUUGGGUUGUGCUGCUGGACAGCCUCCCACACAAGACUCUUUAUAAGCCUCCAGUCAUGCCAGUCGACACCGCUCUGGUGCCUGUGGUCUCCACAAGAUUCUCUUUGGUGUUAGUAGACACGGUCGAGCAGAGAGCACCAGAGAGGGAAUGCAUUGAAGUGGAGGCCACACAGCAACAUCCUGAAAGGGGAUUGGUGGAAGGACGGAGACCGUGGCAAAUGCAGGAAGAUGAUUGGUUUAUGCUCUUGGACCUGGCUGAUCGUGUUUCUUCAGGUGUACCAACCACACCAGUUUCAGCUUCUUUGCAAGAGCAAGUUCAGGUGUACGUAGAGGAAACCAUCUCUUCCAUGGUUAAAGUGAUGACAGUAGUGCAGAGAGAGGAGACCAGAGUGACUGUAGUGGAGGAGAUGGAGUUACAGGAAGACCAGAGCCAUCUGGAACAGAAACCGUCACAAUCACAGAGAGAGAUGGAAGAUGAGUGGUUUGUUCUGCUGGACAUUGUUCCCAGAGAACGAUCUGUGAUUCCGUCAGUAUCUGAGGAAUGUGUGUUUGUAUCAGCUUCUGUGGAAGAGCGUAUUCCGGUAUACCCCAAGGAAAGCAUCUCCUCUGUGGUUGAGUUGAUGACAGUAGAGCAGAGAGAGGAGAGAAGGGUGACUGUAAUGGAAGAGAAGCAAGAGGAGCGACGUCAAGAAGAAGUUAUUUUUCCACCACAGCCAUCAAGAGAGAUGGACGAUGACUGGUUUGUGCAACUGGAUGUCGUGCCCAGAGAACCAUCCUGUAUAGCACCAGUCGCUCCAGCAGAGCCAACACCGGUUUCUCCAGAUGUGAUCAGCCCUGUGGUUGAGGUAAAGGCUGAAAAGCAGAAGCCAGUGGUGGUCCUGGUGGAGGAGACAAGGCCACAACAGAAACGGGAAGUAGAAGAGUGGCAGCGACAACCAGAGGGAGAUGAUGAUUGGUUUACACUGUUUGCUGAUGUCCGUGAGGAGCCGAUCAUUGUACCACCAGUUGCUCUUGGUGAGCAUACUCCGGUAUAUCCAGAUUUAAGCCAGACCACCUCUGUGGUUGAUGUGACGACCAUAGAAAAAAUGAUGAAGAAGAGGGUGACUAUUGUUGAAGAGAGGUGGGGACAGCAAGAGGAGAUACUCCAGUCAGAGAUGAUCAUCUCAGAGCAGAGACCACCAGCAGAGAGAGAGGAGGGAGAUGGCUGGUUUGUUCUGUUGGAUGCCGUCUGUGAAGAACCUGCUGGGGUUCCACCAGUUUCUCUGGCUGUUAGCGAUAGGGUAUACCCAGAGGUUGUGCCAGCCAAACAUCUGACCAUUGAGCCUGAACCAAGAGUGUUUGUGGUGGAAGCAGUCAGAUCACUUUCUGAAGACGUUGCCCUGGAGGGUAAGGCAACACAACCGCAGAGAGAGCUGGAUGAUGAUUGGUUUUUGCAGCUGGAUGUUGCCCCUAAAGUAGCAGCUGCACCAGUGGUGGUGAUUUACCCUGAUGUGAGCACCACAGCUAUUAUGGUGGUGAAGGAGACAGUGGAACAGAAACCACCAAAGACCGUGAGGAUCAUGGAAGAGACUGUUAAGAUGGAGGAGAGGCCUGUGGUAACACCUAAAGAAGUGGAUGAUGAUUGGUUUGUGCUUUGGGACCGCGCUCCCUCCGAGAUACUGACCACACCCAAGGCGUUCCACGUAGACAGAGAGGUUAUAGAGCUGGUACCCCGGAGAACAGUGGUUGUGGUGGAGGAAACUAGGAAACCACAUAGAGUGGUGGAGGGCAGACGUCAACCGGAGGUUGAACUGGUGAAAACACUGCCUCCCCAAGAGAGAGGGGAGGGUGAUGAUUGGUUCACGUUCUUUGAAGCCUCUCGUCAAGAGCCUGUGAAGAUGCCAACAGUUGCUGUGGUAACUAGACCUGCCCCUGUGGUUGACGUGAUGGUGACGAGCACAGAGCAGAGAACCCAGAAAAGGGUGACUGUAAUGGAGGAGAGGUGGAGAGAGGAGAGGACUCUGCAGCAGAGACUGCCUCAGAGACAGAGAGAGGUGGACGAUGACUGGUUUGUCCUGCUGGAUGCUGCCCCUAAAGAAUUAGUUGCUCUCCGUGAGCGUCUCCAGGACUAUACUGACAUAACUGUUGUCAAAGGUCCAGCCGCUCAGCCCAAACCCAGAGUGGUGGUUGCUGAGGAGAAGCGACCACUGUUUGAGAGGAGGGUUCUGGAGAAGAGACCAACACAACCCCAAAGAGAUGUGGAUGACGAUUCGUUUGUGUUGCGGGAUAAAAAAUCGGGUGCAGUGGUGGCCACCCACAAGGCCGCCCGUCCGGUCAGCGCCCCAGUCUUCUCCCAGGCAGCCCUGAUGGAGGCAGGGAUCCCCAUGGCCCCCCUGGACCUCCAGCAGCCCCAGACCUCCACCCCCAUCAGGCUGCCAGCCCGCCAGGACGACAGGAAGCUAGAGGUCACCGUGGAGGCGGUGGACGAGGGCUCAGCCGAGGUCAAGUCUGAGCAGACGGACACUGAGGAGCCGGUGCAAAUGAGGAAGAAAAGAGCUAAGAGAACUGAGGGUGACUCAAUUUAUAUCAGACAUAGUCUUUUAAUGUUGGAGGACUUUGAUAAGCCCCAGGAGGAUCUCAUCAGGCAUCAUACUAGUAUCAGUGAGCUGAAGAGGAACUUCAUGGCGUCUGUCCCAGAGUCCCGGGGGCCCAGCGAAUGGGACAAGCGCCUGUCCACUCACUCCCCCCUCCGCAGCCUGGGCAUCAACGGACAGCCUUUGCUCGAUGCCGACGGGAGUGUGUGUAUUACUCCUAUAAGGGAAGAGUUGGACACUAAGGCAGCGCGACAACAGGACGAGUCCAGCAGCACUCCCCCUCUGGUGCAGACCCAGACAUUCACCAUCACAGACGUGUCCAAGUCCCUCCCUACUGACGUGUCUACUAAGGAUGUCCCUAUCGUUAAGACCCAGACGGUCACCUACGAGUCUGCAGAGGUGUCAGUUGACGGGACAGACGGGGGGAAAGAGGCCACAGCACUGAGCAGCAUUCAGACCAUUCCCUCAGAGAGCAGCAGGGAAACCAGUGGCACCUCUGUUACUACCACCACCACUCGCAUCUCCAAGGUGGUGAAAGGAGGAGUGUCAGAGACCAGAGUGGAGAAGAGGAUCGUCAUCACUGCUGACUCAGAGGAUGACCAGGGAAGCGACGGUGGAGCAACAGCAAUGUGAUUCAGCUGAACACAGUCAGGGAGCAGCCCUAUGGAUCUGAUGCUCAAGACACCAAAGGACUAACCUCCCUGUCCCAGAGCCACCCCCACCUCCUCAACCCACACUGACAUUGUGUCCUGACUGGUCCCCUCCAGAACCACCGUGGUUGCAUCUCAAAUGGCACUACUUUUGACCAGAGACCUGGUUAAAAGUAGUGCACUAUAAAGGGAAUAUGGUGCCAUUUGGGAUGCACCCUGGUGUGUCCCUGCCCAGUGGGAUAUGAACAGGCCAGGGAGAAAGCCUAUUGUGUCCUCUCUUUCCAUACUGCUGUUCUGACUGUAUGGUGGCUUCAUGUUGGUCUAUUCCACUCAAACCUCAUAUUUCGCCAAAUUACUAUUUUUUUGUUUUAUUGUAGUAGGAAAGAUGAACCUUUUCAGUUCUAAGAGCAUUUAGGUAAUUUGCUUUUAAAUGUUUAUUUACAACAUAUUUUUCUGUCGUUUGUAUUGCUACUACUGUAUCAUUGAGUUUAAGUGUGGACUCAGCGAUAUGACGGAGAUGCAGAAAGUAAACAGCGUAGUGGGUCAAUUUCAGCAAAACAACUAAGAGCGUUGAAGUGAGAGGCUCAACUUCUCCGCUGUUUUGGUGCCAUGGUUCCAACGCUGUGAAAAGAGUGAAGCGAACCCGUGCACAUGCGCAGAUACUGUGUGAGAGCAAAGUCUUGCAUCUCGCUCAUCUCAACAUCUGCGGUGCUGGUCGAGGCAACGGCAUUUUACUGAGUCUCCCUUUAACAUGCUCAUUUUGAUAGAAAUGCACUGUUUUCAACUGAGCUUUAAGUAAUAACAUUAUCAGACUUUUUCAAUCAGAUUAAGAUGCUGGACAGAAACUAGAUGUAUUUUUGGAAAGGGAUAACUCCUUUGAGUUUGUUUACGUUUAUAAUUGAGGAAUAUUAUUUUUUUAUUGAAUAUUCAAAUUGAAAUUACAUACCUCACUUAAAAGUAUUGAACAAAGAUAUUGCAUACUCAAACAACCAUGCCUGUUUUGGAUUUGUUCUCUGCUCAGGUAAAAUAUCUCUUUCUUAACCAGCCAAGUUAACACGCGUAAUACUACUAGGUCAGGCCACGAUGACCCUCGUUAGAAACUUUGACGUGAUGACAACUGUUUUGAAAUGUUUACUCUAUUUUAUAGCAUUACUGCUUUUAUAGUAUUUGUACAAAAUUAGGUUUUUAAGUUAUUGAAGUUCAUAUCCUACUCAUUGGUAGCUUCUCAUAUCAAUAUUGUUAUUAUUUUUUUUUUUUUACACCUUGAAUUUGGGAGUGCCCCCAUGUUUCCCAGUACGUAUUCAGCGUUGUUUUUUCUUCUUUUAACGCACCAUUGACCUCUAGGACUGCCCCAUGCAGUCUGAUGUGAGAGCAAUGGAAAGUCCCACCGUGUUUUGUCCCUUAAAAUGAUUUUAGAUAGAAACGUGAUUGAUUUUCAAACCUGUUGUUGAUUUGAUGAAACAAUGCUUUAGUCUGUUUCUCAGGGUUUAUGUCUUUAUCAAUACUGCAAGACAAAACCCCUCUGUAUAUGAUUGUAUGAAGAAUGUUCAGUCUUAAUGUACAUUCUAGCCCUGCAGAUGGGUCCAAAUGAUACUCAGCUCUUAAACACAGUAGUACAUGUGCAAGAUGUAUUUAUCACUAUCAAAAGGCAGCUGUCCCAGUAUAUGUGGCUUUUCUUUCAUAUAGGGGCACAUAUUUUGUCCAUGUUCUACCAUCAUUUCUUUGUAGACUGUUUCAUGUGAUUCUUUUUAAAACACGAGUCUGUUUGCAGGCUUUUAGACACAGAAGUCGCAUUCAUAAUCAUCUAGUUUGUAAAUCUUUCUUACCACUUGCUGUACCCUUUCCUUUUGUAGAUCAGACAAAGAUACGUGUAUGAGAACCCUUUUAGAGAAUGACAAUAGCAGACCUUUCUUCCCCUCUGAAGAAGUUUGUGAAGGUGGCACAAACUAUUAGCUAGAAAGAUCUUGAGGGCAUGAACUAGAAUCUCAGCGGAACCCUUCGUUUUUAGAUUUGUAAUCAUAUUGUUGCUUUUGUGACAUUCCUGUCUUAAAAUUAAAUAAACUUAAUUAAAACCUGAA